AUGUUACAAAAUGCAAAAAGCUCUAGCAGCGAUGGCAAAACUGACAAUGGUUCUGGCUACGGUGGCGCAUUUCAACCAUUUCGCGCCUCGGCAAAUCUUUCGUCAACACAGACACGCGCCGAAUCGACGCCCAAAAUUAUUAGCGGUAGCUCAAACGGGAGGCAAAAAUCGCAAGAAAUGGCUGUCGCCGACUCAUCCACUCCAAGUACCACCACUGCAGAGAGACGCAAAAAAAAGCCCUACAAGGAGCUAACGCUGGAGGAGAAAGUGCAGCUAAUCCGACUGGCUGAGGAGAAUGCCGGGAUGAGUCAGGCCAGUAUCGCGGAACGUUAUUCAAUUGCCAAAAGCAAUGUUUGCCGGAUCCUGCAGCGAAAACAGGAGUACCUUCGAGCAUACGAAUGCGCUGGUUUUGCUGGCUCCCGGAAGCGUAAAUUGCGUGGCGAUCCACAGCAGCAGCACCAUCAUCAUCAACAGCGCCAUUCACAUCAGCAACAUGCUAGCAACAGUUCGACGGCGCCCACUUCUUUAUCGAGUGAGAAAGUGGAAUGUGCAGUAAGCGGUAGCACAAUACGUAAUGAUGCAGAAUCUGCGCGGUUCCAAGUGUCGAACAAUCAGUUGGUGUGCGCAGCGCGUGCAACUGCUCCAAACGCGCCAAUGCGCACCGGCACAAUCAUACAACGCGGUAACAGAUUUCAGUUUAUACGUUCUUUCACGUAA